GGAAAAGCAAAAGUGUAUUAAAGCUGGACAUUCAAGAUGGUGCAUCGUAUACUGAAACGUAUAAUUUGUUCAAGUAUUUCCAGUUUUAGUUGUAAAUUAGUUGGCAUUAUUGCACCAUUAAUCGUCCCUCCUCUUCAUAUUAUAUUUCUGUAUCAUUUUUGGAAAGAAUUUUCUCGUGAUGUCGACCGCCAGUAUUGUUCCUGUAGUUGCUGGGAUACAGUAUUUAAAGGCUCCUAUGAAUCAGGAGUUGCUUCUUACAAACAUAUGUACUUCAAUGCUACACCAAAUACUUUUAAAAUAUGGGCGAUUAUUGUGAUAGGAGUAAUUACCUUUUAUGAAACAUCUAAAUAUCUGACUUGGUUAGCAUUUCAAAAAUGUCUCCGACUAGGAAUGCUAAUUCUCUUUAUAAGUGCAAUUUUUUCUCAUUAUUAUUCAUGGUGGGUGUACAUUAAUUAUUGGAAUGAUGAUUUUUAUUCACAAUGGUACCACCAAAUGUUCUUUUCGAUUACUGAACUCAUCUCAACCAUCUUGGUUUUAAAUUUGGCUAAUCGUAAAAAUCCAAUUAGUCAUCGAAAAGCCCUUAGCAUCUCAAGUAUUGGAUUGUUACAUAUUUUUGCAGGAAGUUGGGACCAGUUUAUUCGAAACGUUUUCCGAGGUGAAGGAUACGCACAUCAGGUCAUUCGGGAUUUAGGAUUUAUGAUACCUGAUAUUUUACAUGUUUUUAUUCCACUUUGUUACGUAAAGUGGAAAAAUCCUGAUCUUCUUCCUGGAUCGGAUCCCAACUAUAAUACUAUUAAAAAAGAUUUAACAUAUAUGCUAGGAUUAAUAACUUUAGGCCUUGGAAUGUGUUCAAUACUUUAAUUAAACAAAAACGCGCAAAACAAUUUUUUAUUAAGAAUAAUGAAUAGAAUAAUUUUGAUAUUACUUUAAGUAACUUCAAAACAUUUUAAAAAAUAAUUAAAAAUAGAUUAGUUUACUUGAUAUUUGUUACAUAUAAUUAAACUUAAAAGACUUAUUGCAACAUAUGAUAGAAAUGAUAUACUCAUAUUCUGGACUGUUUUAUUAACGUUGAAUGAAACAUAUCAAUG